AUGGCUGUAAAAUCGGGUCGGAGCCACAGUAUUCCGGCGUCAGAUCGGGUUACCGGGCGUUCCUUUCGGGGCUCCAUAUUCUUUGUUGGUUCUCUUACGAUCUCCGUUUUACUUUUCCUUACUAUCUCAUUUCUUUUCACGUCCUCUUCCAAUCCUGCCGACAUCAACUCUGGUUUUUCUGUUGCUUCAUAUGGAUUUAGCUCGGGAUCAGUCAGAAGAUCAGUUCUGGCACUAAAAUCGGAUCCAUUAAAGCCUCGGAUCGAUCAGAUCCGAAAACAAGCAGGGGAUCAUAGAAGUUUAGCUUUAGCUUAUGCUUCCUAUGCGCGGAAACUCAAACUUGAAAAUUCAAAGCUUGUUAGGAAUUUUGCGGAACUCUCUCACAAUUACACCGAUCUGCUCUCAAAAGCUUCUUAUCAAGCAUUAUUUGAUGCAGAGACGAAUUCAAUUGACGAGUCAGUGCUGAGGCAGUUUGAGAAAGAUGUGAAAGCACAAAUUAAAGUCACACGACAAGUGAUUUCCGAGGCGAAAGAAUCUUUUGAUAAUCAGCUGAAGAUUCAUAAACUGAAGGAUAAUAUCUUUGCAUUAAAUGAACAGUAG